AAACUUUCUUCUACUACGCUCCGACUUCCCCAUCGCUGCGAGAUUUUACCGUUGUCUUGUUUCUCUACCUUCUUCAAUGGCGAAUUCAAACACAUACCUAACCACACCGACGAAAACCCCAUCUUCGAGGAGAAACCAACAGAGUCAAUCGAAGAUGCAAUCUCACUCCAAGGAUCCGAUAAACGCAGAGUCUAGGUCACGAUUCGAGGCAUACAAUCGUCUCCAAGCAGCAGCCGUUGCUUUCGGAGAGAAACUUCCGAUACCAGAGAUUGUAGCCAUUGGUGGCCAAUCAGACGGAAAAAGCUCUCUUCUCGAAGCGCUUUUAGGGUUCCGAUUUAAUGUCCGUGAAGUUGAAAUGGGUACUCGACGCCCUUUGAUUCUCCAGAUGGUUCAUGAUUUAUCAGCGUUAGAACCACGGUGUCGAUUUCAGGAUGAAGAUUCUGAAGAAUAUGGAGGUCCAAUUGUUUCGGCUACAGCAGUAGCAGAUGUAAUUAGGUCUAGAACAGAGUCGCUUUUGAAGAAGACGAAAACCGCAGUUUCGUCUAAGCCGAUUGUGAUGAGAGCUGAGUAUGCCCAUUGUCCAAAUCUGACUAUCAUUGAUACUCCUGGAUUUGUUCUUAAGGCCAAGCAAGGAGAGCCUGAAACCACACCUGAUGAAAUUUUAUCGAUGGUCAAGUCACUGGCUAGUCCUCCACAUCGCAUUCUCUUGUUCCUUCAGCAGAGUAGUGUGGAAUGGUGUUCAUCCUUGUGGUUGGAUGCAGUUCGUGAGAUUGAUUCAAGCUUUCGAAGGACUAUUGUUGUUGUCUCCAAGUUUGAUAAUCGCCUCAAGGAAUUUAGUGAUCGCGGUGAAGUGGAUCGUUAUCUGAGUGCUAGCGGAUACCUUGGGGAGAACACUCGUCCUUAUUUCGUGGCAUUGCCAAAAGACAGGAGCACUGUCUCAAAUGAUGAAUUUCGCCGACAAAUAUCUCAGGUGGACACUGAAGUUAUAAGGCAUUUACGGGAGGGAGUUAAGGGAGGAUUUGAUGAAGAAAAAUUCCGGUCCUAUAUUGGUUUUGGGUCAUUAAGAGAUUUCCUAGAGUCUGAGCUUCAGAAGAGAUACAAGGAAGCUGCACCAGCAACACUAGCUUUGCUUGAACAGCGCUGCUCUGAGGUAACCGACGAUAUGCUGAGAAUGGAGAUGAAAAUUCAAGCUACUUCUGAUGUUGCUCAUCUCAGAAAAGCGGCAAUGCUAUACACUGCUUCUAUUAGCAAUCAUGUGGGGGCUUUGAUUGAUGGAGCUGCAAAUCCAGCACCUGAGCAAUGGGGGAAAACAACUGAAGAAGAACGUGGUGAGAGUGGCAUUGGAAGUUGGCCAGGCGUAAGUGUGGAUAUUAAGCCGCCCAAUGCUGUUCUUAAACUCUAUGGAGGAGCUGCUUUUGAAAGAGUGAUUCAUGAGUUCCGUUGUGCAGCCUACUCAAUUGAGUGCCCUCCAGUGUCAAGAGAGAAGGUAGCAAACAUUCUGCUAGCUCAUGCUGGGCGUGGAGGUGGUAGAGGAGUAACAGAAGCUUCAGCAGAAAUUGCUCGAACCGCUGCACGGUCAUGGCUCGCUCCUCUUCUUGACACAGCCUGCGACAGGCUUGCCUUUGUAUUAGGAAGUCUCUUUGAAAUUGCUCUAGAAAGAAACCUGAACCAAAACUCAGAAUAUGAGAAGAAAACCGAAAAUAUGGAUGGAUAUGUGGGCUUUCAUGCCGCUGUACGGAACUGUUACAGCCGUUUUGUGAAGAAUCUUGCGAAACAGUGUAAGCAAUUAGUAAGACACCAUCUUGAUUCAGUGACCAGCCCAUAUUCCAUGGCGUGCUAUGAGAAUGACUACCACCAAGGAGGAGCUUUUGGCUCAUAUAACAAAUUCAACCAAGCCUCAGGUAAUUCGUUUUGCUUCGAGCUCUCUGAUACCAGUCGUGAUGAGCCAAUGAAAGAUCAAGAAAACAUUCCUCCGGAGAAUAAUAAUGGCCAAGAGACAACACCCGGAAAAGGAGGGGAAAGCCACAUAACAGUUCCUGAGACGCCUUCACCGGACCAACCUUGUGAGAUAGUGUAUGGUUUGGUAAAGAAAGAAAUUGGAAAUGGUCCUGAUGGUGUUGGAGCUAGAAAAAGAAUGGCGAGAAUGGUGGGAAACAGGAACAUAGAGCCAUUUAGAGUUCAAAAUGGUGGGCUUAUGUUUGGUAACGGGGAUAACGGAAUGAAAUCAAGCUCUGCUUACUCUGAGAUAUGUUCAUCAGCCGCACAACAUUUUGCUAGAAUACGCGAAGUUCUUGUCGAAAGAAGCGUAACAUCGACUCUAAACUCAGGGUUUCUAACACCUUGCCGAGACAGACUAGUGGUUGCACUUGGAUUGGAUCUAUUUGCAGUAAAUGACGAUAAGUUCAUGGACAUGUUCGUUGCUCCUGGAGCCAUUGAUGUACUGCAAAACGAACGUCAACAGCUUCAGAAACGCCAGAAGAUUCUUCAAUCUUGCUUGACUGAAUUCAAAACCGUGGCUCGUUCUCUAUGAUGAAAUGAAUGAUCAUUGUCUCUAUGAUGUGUUCUCUUCUCUGUAACGUGGUGAAUUCUUCUUGUGGCUAUAAUGUUGUUUUAUGCUCAAUUUCAACGUAUGGUAAUUUUCUUGAAACAUAAUAUUGUUCUUGUAUAAGCUCACUUCUGCAUCA